CACUGUGCGGACGCUGAGCUGGGUCUGCCGUAAUGCUGCUGCUGCACAGAACUGUGGUCCCAGGGCUCCGACAGGCCUAGAGACUCAAGUCAGCCCCCUCAAGUCUCUGCAUUCGGGCCUGCUCUACAAAUGAUUCAUUUCAGCCACAGCACUCCAGCCAUGCCUUCUCUGGUGAUAACUCCAGCACCAGGGAAUGGAGAGUCAUGGGGACUCUGCUAGGCCUUGGUGCAGUGUUGACCUAUCAUGACCACCGGUGCAGGGCUGCUCAGGAGUCACCACGCCUAUACACGAGGGAGGAAGUGAGAUCCCACAGCAGCCUUGAGACUGGGAUCUGGGUGACUUUGGGCUCUGAGGUCUUUGAUGUCACAGAAGUUGUGGACCUACACCCAGGGUGUCCAUCGAAGCUUAUGCUAGCAGCUGGGGGUCCUCUAGAGCCCUUCUGGGCCCUCUAUGCUAUUCACAACCAGUCCCACGUGCGAGAGAUACUGGCUCGGUACAAGACUGGGGAGCUGAGCCCCGACGACAAGGCAGCCUCCAUCUUGAAAACCUCUGACCUUUCCGCUGAUGAUCCUAUACGUCACCCAGCCCUGAAGGUCAACAGCCAGCGCCCCUUUAAUGCAGAGCCCCCCUCUGCUGAGCUGCUGACAGAAAACUACAUCACACCCAACCCUAUCUUCUUCACCCAGAAUCAUUUGCCUGUACCUAACCUUGACCCAGACACCUAUCACCUACAUGUAGUAGGGCCCCCUGGGAGUCAGUCACUGUGCCUAUCCCUGGAUGACUUGUACCAGUUCCCCAAGCAUGAGAUCAUGGUCGCUCUGCAGUGUGCUGGCAACCGGCGCUCUGAGAUGACUCGGUUCAAAGAAGUAAGAGGUCUGGAGUGGAGUGCAGGGGCCAUUAGCUCUGCACGCUGGGCUGGGGCACGGCUCUGUGAUGUGUUAGCCCAGGCUGGUCGUCAGCUCUCUGAAACUGAGGCCCAUGUCUGCUUUGAGGGACGGGACUCAGACCCCACAGGGACUGCCUAUGGAGCAUCCAUCCCUCUGGCUCGGGCCAUGGAUCCUGAAGCUGAGGUCCUGUUGGCAUAUGAGAUGAAUGGGCAGCCUCUGCCUCGUGACCAUGGCUUCCCUGUGUGGGUGGUGGUUCCUGUGGUGGGUGCCCGCCAUGUCAAAUGGCUGGGCAAAGUGAGCGUGGAACCCGAGGAAAGUUACAGCCACUGGCAGCGGCGGGAUUACAAAGGCUUCUCUCCAUCUGUGGACUGGGACACUGUAGAUUUUGACUCGGCUCCAUCUAUUCAGGAACUUCCUGUCCAGUCCGCCAUCACACAGCCCAAAGAUGGGGAGACAAUAGAGUCAGGAGGUGGAGGAAGAGCUGUGGUCAGGGUGGAUGUGUCUCUGGAUGGGGGCCUAACCUGGCAGGUGGCUGAGCUGGAUGGAGAGGAACAGCGUGCCCGAAAGGCCUGGGCCUGGCAGCUAUGGCAGCUGCAAGCCCCUGUGCCAGCUGGGAAAAAAGAAUUGAACAUCGUUUGUAAGGCUGUCGAUGACAGCUACAAUGUUCAGCCAGACACAGUGGCCUCAAUCUGGAACCUGCGAGGCGUGCUCAGCAAUGCCUGGCACCAUGUCCACGUCCAUGUUGCUCCAUAA